AGGGUCGGCUGCUGCGCCUGCGCCCGUCUCCGCUGGGCGGGGGCCCGGCCCCCUGCGCGGGCCCCCGCGGCCCCAGCGCGGGCCGCGGCCGCCCAUGGAGUGCACGGGGCUCCCCGCGGCGGCCCUCUACGCCGUGCUCGGGCUCGCCUUCUUCGCCCGCCUCUCGUGGACCCUCGGCAGCUACCCGCUGGUGCCGCUGCAGACGGACGACGCGGAGUGGUCGCGGGAGUGGGUGUGGACCACGGGGUCGGCGGACUAUACGAUCACUGCCUGCUUCUGCGGCGUGGUCUUGGGCACGGAGGAGCCGUGGCGGGCCCUGCCGUGGUGCGCCGCCGCGCUGCUGGGGCUCGGCCCGGCGGCCAGCUGCUACGUGGCCGCCCGGCGUGUCCAGGGCCUCCCGCUCCAGCUGGAGUCUUGCGGGGGGCCCUGCUCCCUCCAGCCUUUGAUCAGGUCGCGUGACGGGCAAGACGCGGCACCGCCGAAGGGCUCGUUCCAGAACAUUAUGGCAGGC